AUGGCUCCCCUCAAGGUCAUAUACAAGGUGCACAACUCGAAACUUAGCUUCUCCUCCGAGAAAAGCGAGUCGAAACUCAACAUCAAACCAAAGGAAAUAGUCUCGAAGGUCAAAUCCUCAAAAUUGUUUUCAAAGAUCAAGACACUUGUGAAGAGAGAAAAAGUAACUUUUGGACCAAAGACCUGGAUGGACCAUUGGACAGACAAUGCUCCUGUCAUAUCGGCUUCCAAGGAGUUUUAUGGACUUCCACAAGCUAUUAUCGAACUCUUGUGGACCUAUGUCAUUAAAAACGACGGGGAGAAGCAAAGUUAUUACAUGAAGCCAAGUCUGUUGGCGAGUGUGUAUCAUUAUGAUUCCAGUAAAGUCAAUUUAGAUGAAGGAUUUAAAGUUAAGAUGACUGGAGCUCGCACCUUACUGCGAAUCAAUAGCUUCUCUCGUUCACUUGCACUAAAGAAAUUUUCUGGAACUGUUCCUAUUUUCUAUGUGCCAUAUAAUGAUAACGGAAUCCUUCGUUUCGAUCCAAAAAGAGACAUCAUCCACAUACGAAAUUUUCACUAUCUCGCUCACCAAAUGACCCCAACGGUUGGAAAGGGUUUAAUGCUUCAUUUGGAGUAUCAAUAUUUUGCUCAUCCCACCGCUAGAGAACUCUUGAAAUUUCAUCCAAAAUUUCGUCAUGUCAGAAAGCUCAUGUGGAUAGAACGGCAAACGAAAUAUAUUUACCCCCUUAAACAACGCAAAAAGUCCUUAGAAGCCUGUCAACUAGCUCAGCUCUUGAACAAAUUAUGGAAAAUACACGAAUUGCCUGGCUGGACAUGGGAUCAUUCUACAUCGAUACAGAAUCUUGCCAUUGAUUACAGCUCCCUAUGUAAAUCUAUAAUCAUCAUCCAUAAAUUAAUGGACUCGGUAAAUACCAACACUACUAGCGCCGGCAGAAUGCCUGAAUUUACAGCUGAAUUUGGACCCGUAUCAAAUUUCUUCAAAUUUUUGCGCGAAGUUGGUAAUGUCCAAAAUAUUCGCGCUGGAGACAAUGAAUGGCACAAGCUUUCUGAUGACGAACUUUUUAACACUAUGCUGGACGGCGAAUCAGCUCUGCUUGGUUUAUAA